AUGGAUUGUUCCAUUAUAACCUCCAACGAUUAUCUAUGGAUAUUACAUUCGCUGUGCGUUUUUUCAUUCCCAAUUUAUGCUAUCGCAAUUAUUGCACUCUUGCGAACCAAGUCGACCUAUUUUGAAACUUAUAAACAUUUUUUGAUUUGGCAUACUUCGACAAAUUUCAUAUCGGAAGUCUACAACUCUUGGUUUCUUCUUCCAACUGUUCACCUUCCAUAUCCCCUUCUAAGAUUUACAGGGAUAAUGACUCAGUUGGGUUUCAGUGGUCUUUUUCAGUUUUAUACCAUAAAUGCGUUAAUUCAUCAAACUGCUUAUUCGGUUAUUGAAAUGUAUUUGUUUCGUUUUAAAGCCAGUAUGCUCAAUUACAAAUCCACAAUUUUUUACACUUAUCUACGGAUCAAUGUCUAUGUAAUUCGGGUUACUUUAUUCCUAUUUUUAGUUGUAAACAUAUCAACCUACUACUAUGCACUUGAACAACAAGUUAUUAGUAAAAUAGACUUAUUAUUUAAUCACCCAGAAGCUCCUCGAGUGAUUUCUUGUGACUCCGUAGUGGUGGCUGCUCCAUAUAGAGAUCCAAUUACUAUGUUUAAUCUGGCUGUGUGGGUGGUUGUGGUCUUUGUUGCUUUCACUGCAACUUCUUCGACUACAAUAUACUUGUGGAGAUAUCUGAGAGAUAAUGAGCAUCACUCUCCAGCAGUUAUAAGAAUGCACCGGAUGUUACUGAUCACGUUGUUUGUUCAGACUUUGAUUCACGCUAUCAUGCUGGGCGGUCCAAAUGUGAUGUUCCUCUACGCAGUGAUUUUUGGAGCUCAACAUGAAUUCAUGGCUAAAAUCGCAUUCUAUUGUCUCACGACUCACGGAUUGGUGUCUACCGUUGCCAUGAUGAUUUUGACGAAACCAAUCCAGAUUGCAAUAGUGCAAAUGUUCAAAUGUUCUACCUGGAAGAAGACUUCUGUAACUGCUGGGCAAUAUUUGGAGAGGAAUACCAAUUAG